GCUCCAGUGGAUGAUCUCCCGUGAUCAGAGAGAGAGACGCGCACACAGCGGGGAGGAGAACGUCAGGCAAAUACACACUGGCACGGAGGGAGCGAUAGGUACAGACGUGCGCACACCGCUAUGACAAGCAGUUCCAUAGACAGUGAGACCAACUCUGUUAAGUGGGGAAGGCACAAAGGGACAGGAAAGAAGACGCAGGGGAAAUAGGGUAGAGGGAAAGCGAGAAGAAAUAAGACCAAGAGAAGAAGGUGCUGAAAGGUAAUCUUUGUCUUCAGUGAUAUGGUGACCAUGAACAGGAGCCUAGAAGAUUUUCCUCUCCCUGCGAUGUCUUCUCUAAUACCUUGGAUGUUCGUUAGGCGGACGUGUGUUUCAAAGCUGAAGGACCUGUUGUAUAUUUUCUUCUGUCUGAGCACAUUGAGUUCGUUUACAAGUGCAAGAGCAAUGAACUGUUGGACAGCUGCAAAUCAAAGAGGGAUGCUUGUGCAAAACAAACAGGGAGGUCAGUUCGUGGCAGAAGCCAGUACUAUUCAGUCAUGCAGAGAUGCCUGCUGUCGGAAUUGCCACUGUAAUGUGGCAUGGCUACUGGAAGGGAAGUGUUACCUUUUGGACUGCAGACUACAAGGGAGCUGCUUGCUUAACCUAACAGACAGUUCUAACUCUACCCUAUUAUUUAUUUCUAAACUCCUGCCUUGUGGGGAUUCACAGAGUUCCAUGCACAGAAUAAUAAAAGAGAACCCUCUAGCCCAGGCUAGAACUAAUUUAACCAGAGUUAACAGAACACCAAUUACAGGCCAAUUAUCUGGACAUUAUUUGGUAGCAAAGAGAAGGAACAUAUUUACCAGGACAAGACGUGAACUACCCACACCAUCUGACAGUCCUGUGAAGAUUCGACAAAUUGAAGAUGCUGUUUCAAAACAGACACAAACACCACUGCCCACUGGUGGCGACAAAAAUUUAAAUCCAUCCAAAAAUGUAAAACAGCAAAGCACUAGCAACUUAAAAUCGCAACAAAAUGCAGAAGAAACACCAUCUCAUAAAAAAAGCCUCAAGGAAAAUAAUAACACUGUGACUGACCAAGGAACUGAACAAACUGCUCCCCUCUUACAGCGGAACUUAAUCCCGCAGCAGUCUCUUCAUUCUGAGGUUGCUAAAGGGACCUCAAGGCCAAAUGCUGCCUCUUUGGUUGGUCCUCCAGAUUCCAAAUUGACUACUCCAUCAUCCAAUCUGAAAUGGAUGCAAUUUAAUCCAACAAAUGACAGUAUAAAUGGGACGUUCGCAGUAGUUACUAUAACAAAUGCACCUCUGAACACCACUGCUGUAACUCCUGCACCCAGAUUCACAAGUGCCCCCACAGUGGUGAAGGAACUGAUUGUUUCUGCUGGGAACAGCGUGGAGAUAACUCUGCCAACAAAUAAAGUUGAUCUGAAUGCCUUUGUGUUACCGAUUUCCCCUGAAGGCACAAGCUAUAAAUAUGAUUGGAAACUGAUUACACACCCACAUGACUACAUGGGAGAAAUGGAAGGUCAACAUCUAAAGACACUUAAACUCUCCAAACUUUCAGUUGGUUUCUACAUGUUCAAGCUGAUUGUGCAAGGAGACAAUGCAUAUGGAGAAGGGUCAGUGAAUGUGACUGUUAAGCCAGCACCUCGUGUAAAUCAGUCACCCAUGGCUAUUGUCUCUCCAAAGAUGCAAGAGAUCUCAUUGCCAACAACAUCGACUUUCAUUGAUGGGAGCCAAAGCACUGAUGAUGAUAAAAUCAUAAGCUACCAAUGGGAGGAACUUAAGGGUCCAUUGCGAGAGGAGAAGGUGUCAGAAAGUACUCCGAUACUAAAGCUGACUAACUUGGUCCCAGGAAAUUACACUUUCAGCUUAACAGUUGUGGAUUCUGAUGGUGCCAGCAACUCUACCACGGCAUAUGUAAUGGUGCAUAAAGCAGUAGAUUAUCCCCCUGUGGCUAAUGCUGGUGCAAAUCAGGUCCUUACACUGCCCAGGAAUUCCAUCAUGCUUUAUGGCAAUCAAAGUACAGAUGACCAUGGAAUUGUCAGCUAUGAGUGGUCCCUAAGUCCAAAAAGCAAGGGCAAAGUGGUUGAAAUGCAGGGUGUACGAACACCUUUGCUCCAACUUUCAGCAAUGCAGGAAGGAGACUAUAUCUUUCAACUGACAGUCACAGAUUCAGUAGGUCACCAAGCUACCGCUGAGGUGAUGGUUAUAGUACAACCAGAAAAUAAUAAAGCACCAGUAGCAGACUCAGGACCUGAUAAAGAGUUGACACUCCCCGUGGACAGCACAACUUUAGAUGGCAGCAAAAGCACGGAUGACCAGAAAAUUAUAUCCUAUCUUUGGGAAAAAACAAGUGGCCCAGAUGGUGUGAAAAUCGAGAAUGCAGACAGCGCCGUUGCUACAGUAACAGGUCUCCAGGUUGGAACAUAUGAGAUUACACUGACAGUGAAAGAUGAAAAAAACCUGGAGAGUCAUGAUUCUGUUCGCAUUAUUGUGAGGGAAGAAAUCAAUAAGGCUCCAGUUGCUAAGAUAGCAAAGAAUGUUGUGAUUACCCUUCCUAAUAACACAGCAAUGCUCGAUGGGUCAAAAUCAUCAGAUGACAAGGGGAUUGUCAGCUACCUUUGGAUGAGGGAUGAGAGCAGUCCCGCAGCUGGAGAUGUUCUAAACAACUCUGACCACCAGCCUGUGCUUUUCCUAUCCAAUUUGGUUGAAGGACUUUAUACAUUCCGUUUAAAAGUAACUGAUGCAAAAGGAGAAAGCCACAUGGACAGAGCAACAUUGGAAGUUAGACCAGAUCCCAGAAAGAAUGAUCUUGUGGAAAUAAUCUUGGACAUCAGUGUCAGCCAGUUAACUGAGAGACAAAAGGGCAUGCUAAUCCGGCAAAUAGCUGUCCUACUGGGUGUCCUUGAUUCGGAUAUUACUGUACAAAAAAUUCAGCCCUACACAGAACAGAGCACGCAGAUUAUUUUCUGUGUAAGAAAUACACAGGUACAUCAGGUAUUGAAGGGAAAGGACGUUGCUCGCAUACUGAAGAAUAAAUUUCGGAAACAGAAAUCAGACUUCCUAAUUUUUCGUGCUCUCCAAGUAUCUACAGUCAUUUGUCAGCUGAAUUGCUCAGACCAUGGUCGGUGUGAUUCUUUCAAUAAGCGCUGCAUCUGUGACCCAUUCUGGAUGGAGAACUUCAUUCGAACUCAUCUUGGAGAUGGAGAAAGCAACUGUGACUGGAGUGUGCUCUACGUUGUCAUUGCUGCAUUCGUCAUACUGGUUUCCAUUGGCGUUUUACUUUGGAUGGUACACUGCUUCUGUAAAAGGCGAAGAGGAAAGCCCAGAAGAAAAAGCAGAUAUAAAAUAUUAGAUGCAACAGAUGAUCAUGAAAGUAUGCAAUUUAAGAUUACUUCCAAGCCAGUUGGCAGGCUGAAAGCUCCAGCACAGAACACCAGCUUAAUGAUUUCGGAAUCUGAACUUGACAGUGAUGAAGCUUUCUUCACCUGGCCAGACAGAGAGAAAGGGAAAUUACUCCAAAACCAGAAUGGAUCAAUCCACAAUGGCCAAGUAGUUCAGAAAUGUAAGAAACAAAGAGAAGAAGCUUUAUAACUGGAAUCCACUUGUCAAACUUGUACAAUCUAUAGAUCUAGGUAGAACCUUUCUCCCAGUACUUCACUGUUUCUGCUCAGUAAAAUGAAGAUUGAUCUGAAGCAAUAGUGACUGCUGCAUGGAGAGAGAGAGUGUGUGGUGCACAAUCCUUGUGAAAUCAGCGAGUUCAGUAGCCCACUUCUUGUACUGGUCUACAGAAGUUUAACAGAGCUGGUUUCUCACUUAAAGGCCAGAAGAAAAGACACAGGUGGGGUGCAAACUGGCCAUAAAAAAAGUUUUCUUUUGGUAUGAUUCCACCUGAAACAUUUCAUUAAUUCCUGAAGCUGAAACGAUAGGUGCAGACUGUCUGCACUAUUGUGGUUUUGAUGUCUUGUAUCUCCAGUGAGACGCCCACUGGAAGUCAAUUGUAUUGCAAGCAUGAAGGAAAUCAUGAAGAACCAAAAACUGUGGAGGAGAACACACUGGAUGUUCUGUGAACUUCAAUUAUCACCUGAGAUAUGCAUAUGACCCUUUUCUUCAGGUUGCUGACUUUAUAAAUAACUGAAAUCUGUGGAAAGCUAAAUACUGUGAUGGUAAACCUAUCCUGUAGUACUGGAUAACUCACAAUGAACUUUCACCUGUCUCCUGUUGAAGAAUUGCCAUAGGCGAGCACAAAGAGGAUUUGCUAUUUUCUCCUGUUUAUGUUAACACCUCUGUAGAAAAUUGCACAACUGAUAAUGAUCCAAGUCGUCUUCACUUUAUAAAAAUAAUUCUCACUGCUUAAACUUUUUUUUGUGAAUAUUGGGAAUGUGUUGUUUUCAAAACCUCUUAUUUGUGUGAAAUAUUAACAGGGUGAUUUUUUGUUUAAUUGAUUCAUUGAUGGAAAGGAAAUGCUUUGUAAUGUUACUCCAUUUGAAUGUAAGUCAAUAUUUGCUGCUGGCUUGUUUUACUUUUUCCAACAAAGUCUUCCUUUCAGUACACUGGCACCAGAGCAUAUCUUGACACUGGUGAAAAAUCCAAUUGGUAAUUACUUGACAUCAUAUAGAUAAAUAAUGUAAUAAAGUGUUAACUCCCCAGAUAUAGUGCCUACCAGAAACUGAGAUAACCCGUUUAAUUCUUUUUGAAAUGUACCUUUUGUAUACCAGCAAACUGCUGUGCUGCCGAUAAUGAAGUACAUGUUUUAAACUAUGUUCCUUAAAUUAAAACAGCAAAAAAUGUGGCCAAUAUAGCAUCUGAAUGUCUUCUAUAUAAUGUUCAAUGUGAAUUUGUCAAAAAAUGUUUUGCUGAUCUAAUCUGUUGGAACAGGACCACUAUGUUAGAUAGGGACUGUGUCUCACUACGUUUUGUGUUAUUGAUAUGUUGCUCCGCUGACACUUCAAUGAUUUAAAAAUAAAAUAUGCUGGAUAAUUUAAUGCUGAGCAGGUCAGAUUGCAUCAGAUUGCUGACCUAGAGGGCUGAGGAGAACUCAGUGAAUAAAAACGUCAACUGUCUUUCUCUCCAUUGAUGCUGCCUGACCCGCUGAGAGUUUCCAGCAUAUUUAAUUUGAAUUUAACUAAGAAACUUGCUGGAAUCAUCACUGCUCUGCAGUCAGGUGAAAUGUGAGCUCCAAAAGCAUGAUACCAAUGAUGUAACUUGGAUUGUUUAUGGUGAUACGAGUAACAUACUAUAUGGAAAAUGCCAGCCAAACCAAAUAUGAAUUGUUAUGUUUGAAAUGGAGCCAAAUUUGGCAAAUUUACAGAUUUUUAUUUCAGUGCUUGUAAUCUGAGCCUCAUAAUCUUUAAAACAUGUUAUAGGUCACAGCUGAUUUAAUGGGUAAGCAACUUUGUGUUUCAAGGUACAUUUAUUUUCAGGUAUGUAUACAUUGUACAAUCUUGAGUCAGCCACAAAACAAGAGACCCAAAGGAAUACCGACAAGCACUCAAUAUGCAGAGGGAGGGAAAGAAAACAAAUUGUGCAAACAAUAAAAGUAAGCAAAUAGCAUUUAGAACAAAAGUGAGUCCUCAGACACAAAGCCUGGAGCAGGCCCAUGGCCUCGGCCCGAGUUCAGCACAUCGCCGAGUAAAUGUUGCGGAGCCCCCACACACUAAGCCCGGAGCAAUCAGAGCUUCCAAAAGACUCUCUGGUGGUGAUGUGUGCUGGAAGAACCAUGAUAGUUUGCUCAGUUGUUCUUGGGUUGCAAAGAGGAAAAUUAUUCACAUAGCCCUUAAUGAGCGUACUAGGGACAAGUUUAAGUUUAGUCAUGAUGCCUUGUAUCUAAUAACAAAAAGAAACUGCAAAAGUCAAGUAGUGGCAAAAAAUGCAGUAGAGAAUGCACAUUUCAACAUGGUUCAGAAACAAUAGCUGGUAUUGCAUAUUCAAAAGCAAUAGAAAGGGAGAAAUUCAAUAUUUUAUUAAUCAAAAACCUUUGUGUAUCACAUGUUAAGUGUGUAGAUUGAAGAAGGCCCAGAAGCUCCUAUCAAGAAGGAUCUUAAAUGUGAGUUGAGAUUUACUGAAAACUUUUCAAAUGCAGUUGUUUGUACUGUGGAGAGUUGUGACAGUCAAUUUAUUGUGUUAACGUCCUAUAGGCAUCAAGAUACAUGACCAUUUUUUUCUUAAUAUGUGUAGGCCAAGAGAAGUUUUUAUACAUUGCAAGAACAAUAACACCCAUGGAUAUUUUAUCCAUCUCAAGAUAUCAGAUAAAGAAAAGAUUAUUUGUCUGAUUUAUUUGUCAUAUCUACAUUGAAACUUCGAACCAUACAGUGAAGUAUGUCAUUUGCAUCAAAUCAGCAAGAAUUACGCUGGGGGGAAUCUUGUUAGUAUCACCACGCUUCCAGCACCAACAUAGCAUGCCUACAACUCUCUAACCCUAACCAUACAUCUUUGGAAUGGGGGAGGAAACUGGAGCACCCGAAGGAAGCGGAGAACAUACAACUACCUUACAAACAGCAGCAGGAAUUGAAACACGAUCAGUAAUCACUGGUGCUGCAGAGUGGCUGCGCUAAGCAAUACCUAGCCUGCCACCCCGAAUUAUUUGGUAGUUGACUUUUCCAAGCUUCUGUUUUAGAAAGGGGUUUAUUGUCAUUCAAUCAAGUUUUGCAGAAUAACUAUCCAGUGAUACCAUUUUGAAUGUGAUAUCAGAGGAGGAAGAAAUUUCUAAGCUUGAUCCAUAUAAGUAUGAUACCAGCUUGGUUGAUUAUGUGGGAGCUCACAGUUACUUUUAUCCAUGUUCUGCAGCUUUCCUCAGUGGGAUUGUUAGGGAAGGAACAGAUGUUUGUAUUCUUUUGCAGCUUGGCAUUGUCUCAACGCCUUUCAUUCGUUCAGGCCACAAAGUAAAAACUAUCUUCAACCCAUAUAUCCUGUGACUGCCAAAUGGUAGAUAAGAGGGGCAAGUUGAUUUGGGAUCAUUUCAGGGCAAAUUUUUCCCACACAGAGGGUGGUGGGCAUAUGGAAUGAGCUGCCAAAAGUGGUAAAGGCAGGUUCAAUGACAAAUUGUUAAAAGACAUUCAGGCAGGUACAUGGAUAGGAAAGAUUCAGUGGGAAAUGGGAUCUCAGGGUGGAAACCUGGUCGACAGGGAUGAACUUGACCAAAUGGCCUAUUUCCAUGAUGUAUUGCACUGUGACUGAGUAAUUUUAUGUAGAACACUUAAUUCUGAUUACUUCCUUAGCUGUAUAUGGCCCAACUCAUUAUGACAAGAAACAAUAGAUUUUCCCUUGUAUUUUUUGAUAACUUAUUUUUGUCAAUGUUUCUUGUGGAGAUGCUGAGUCCAUCCUAGAUAGCUGUGUUAUAUUUUCCAUGGAACUUUAUCUCUGCCAAUUUAAUUUUAUUGAUAGUGUUUGCGAUUUUCUUAAAUAUGAACAUGUAUUAAUUCUAUAUUGUAUCUAGGUAACAGUACCCCACUUAAAUUUUGAUACAUUGCUCAAAAACUUACAAAGUUUAGAUUGUAAUGUUUGUGUAGUGUUUGUUAAAACUCAUUGAAAGGCCCAUGUUGAUAAACUGGUUAAUAGAAACCUUGCGAUUGUUAUAGAGCCAAAAAUUUUAAAAUGCUACUAAUCUGGAAGAAAUCGUAAGACUAGAUCAAGGGUUCCCAACCUGGAAUCCACAGAUCCCUCAGUUACUGGUAAGACUCGGUGGCAUUUUCUAAAUGGUUGGGAGCCCCUGGUCUAAAAUAUCUAGAUGGAAUUUAAAUGAAACAGCAUACAUUUACAGAGAGAGCCACAACUAAAUAUUACAUGGGCUCUUGAAAUUUAUUGAAAGACAAAUUACUGUGUAAAUUCUUUCUAAUGGAAUAUUCUUUUGAUACCCAAUAAAUUUCUACUCCAGUGUAUUUCUGGACAAUAAGCGUGUUACAUACAAGAAAACUUAAAAUUGCUUAAUACAAGAUGUCUUAAGUUUUAUUAUCAUUUCUGCCAUUUUUAAAUGUUAAAAAUUGGCAAUGAUGAUUUGAAAAUCAUGUAAAUGGGCAAAAGCAAGUAAACAGAAUGUCAUAUCAGAUCAAAACUUAGUGUUGGAAGUUGGUAUACAAUUUGACUUUGACAUGUAAAAUUAAUUCUGCAGCCACAGGAACAGCUAUGUUCAAUCUGCCUCGGAGUUUUUAAAUGUGGCCUGUCUGGCAUCUUCUUGUGGCUGUUGGGCUCACUCAAAUUUACAACUUACAAAUGUAAAACUUGUUUCAAAUGUAUUAAUUCAUACCUCCCACUGAAUUAUUUUUACUAUGCCUGUGCAUUAUGAACUGGAUAAAAUCUGGUAUGAAUUACUUUUUGAAAAAUCACCUUAUUUGCAAAUAAAUGAGCCAUUCAGUCUUCAGUAUGUUUAUGUAAUAAUGUUUUAUCCUCAACCACCUGUCAGACUUGUGAUCUAAGUUAAUAAUGUACAGCAAGUGUAUAGUCAUCUCACUGUUACAAUUUUGAAUACUUAGUAUUUUAAUUUUGUUCCAUUCAAGAUGUGGAUCUAUGGUAUUUGACAUUUUGGUUUGAUUUUUUGCUUACUAUGACAAAAUUAAAAAUGAUACAAUAUUUUAUCAAACUGAA